GAUAUUUCAAUUCGUAUGCAUAUUAGCCGCCACAAUUUGAACUACUAAAGAUCGGCGGUGCAAAAAUUACUAUAAAAGCCUUUAGAAGCUUCAAAUGAGAAACACAUUUUCGACACUAUCAUUUCCAAAAACUUAAUUUUUGUCUCACGGUUUUCUCGAUUACAAAUCGGACAUCAUGAACGCUCUCGUACCAUUGCUGUUUGUGGCUGCUCUUCUGGCUUUUUCGUACGCCACGCCGGAAAAAGAGGACUCACCACCUCCGUCGCCGGAAGUGAAUGGCAAAAUUCCGUUUGGUCGCAAUACUAUGCCGGAGACCGCAGUGGAAAUGAAUCCCGCUCCACCGAGAAAAAAGCGCAACAUGAGCGCCAUCUCCCUUAUUCCUUUUGUCCAAAAUGAGAAACCCUUUCGCUUUCCCCCGAGCCACCAUGGCAAUGCGACCUUUUACACCCCGGCAAUGGGAGCAUGCGGAAAGGUCAACACUGCAAAGGAAAUGGUGAUGGCGGUCAGCAAGGAGCAGUACGGACAGGACCCAAAAAACGCGCUCGUCUGCGGUAUUUGUGCCCUGGUGAAAGCGGAUGGCUCCGGUAAGCAGGUCAAGGUCCGAGUGGUCGAUCGUUGUGUGAAAUGUGCCGGCGCCUCCAUCGAUCUGUCUCCAGCCGCUUUCCAGAAACUGGCUUCCAAGAAUGUGGGCCAUAUCCAGGUCACGUGGGAAUAUGCUUUUUGCUGAAUCGACUGCAUUUGACUAGCCACCGUCUUUCAGAUGCUAUCUAGUUUUUGCUGUCCUUUUGUAAUUAAUUCCUUUUUUAAUUCUUCUCUGCGAUAUCCACUACUUGUUCCUGAUUGGAUUCAGUUUGUCAUACAAUUUUGGUUCCUGAGCCUAUAGUGCAAUUGAUUUAAU